GCUGUCGCCCCGCAGGAGGAGCUGCCGCUGCCCCUGGAGCACUUCCUGCAGAGGAUGGCCCGGAGACCCCGACCCCAGCAGUUCUUCGGCCUCAUGGGCAAGCGGGAUGCCGGAUAUGGCCAGAUCUCUCACAAAAGAUCCUCUGAAAGGAGCAUAGCACAGAAUUAUGAACGGAGGCGUAAAUGA